UCCCACUCCCUCUCCCCCUGUGAUACCAACUACGAUUGAAUUCGGACAGCAUGUUUGCAUGGAAAAGGGUGCUCAGGCAAAUAUUUAGCUAGAGCAAAAAUGAAUUGGUCAUUACGUGUGCGAAAUAUUAUUUAGGCUAUUCUGGAUUACAGAGACGGCAUUCUAACGCAAGAUAAAUAAUUAAAGCGGUAAUAGCUACAGCGGAUUAAUAUUGUUAGCUUGAGUGGUUGGCUAGCUAGUUAGACAUCGGGACUACUAAAUCAACAUGGCAUUGUAGCCUAUCGGAUAUUUCAACGUUCCAUAUGUCAUGUGGAUACAACGUUACAUUGAUGUUGAUGUCUCAUUGAUUGAACUGAACGAGAGAGAGAGAGAGAGAGAGAGAGAAUGUAUCCCGAGACAACCACAGAGACAAGCAGAGGAAUCUGAAUCGACAUAAUCCAUCUGCAGCGGGGCGUCGGGACGAAUGGUGAUGAUGGCUUCGUGGCGAUGGACAGCAGUUCUCAUCUGUUUACAAUGGGUGUUCCAGUACGCCCUGUGUCGCGAGGUAACCCUUCCCUCCGGACCCCUAUACCGCGUGGCAGGGUUCCCCCUCUCCAUCCCCUGUGCUGUAUCAGGCUACGAGGGUUCCCGAACGCAGGACUUUGAGUGGUACCUGUACAGGGAGGACUCCCAGGGGAGACAGAUGGGUGUGAUCUCCACCAGGGACCCCGGGUUUCCUUACGCACCCUUCCAGGCGCGGGUGAGGUCCGGGGACGUGAGGGUGGAGAGGGACUCGGGGGACAAGGCCAGGCUGGUGUUCCAGAGGCUACGCGCAGAUGACCAGGGUCGAUACGAGUGUUACACACCCAGCACAGACUCCAAGUACCAAGGCAACUACAGUGCCUUGGUCGCCGUCAAAGUGAUCCCAGACACUCUCCUGAUUAGCUACUCCCGCUCUCUAACUGGCCAACCUGUGCCAGAGGGGGCGGAGAUAACUCUCACCUGCUCCGCCGGCGUCCAAUCAAAACAGCACACCCACCUGUCCAUCACAUUCGGCGUGCGUGGCGGUGGUAGCGGGACCGGGUCGGGGUCAAGCUCAGGGACACCGAGAGAAAUCAUAGCUAUCGAUAAAGAACUGGGCCUGACUCCUGGCCGAGGGGAGUCCUACCAGAAGAGAUAUGAUGAUGGAGAGAUAACGCUGGUGAAGAAGAGUGGAGAUGGAGGGAGAGAUGUCUAUGUGAUGAGGGUGAGUGCCGUGGCCCCGGAGGACUCGGGGGCCUACUUCUGUGAGGCGUCACAGUGGAUCCUGGACCCUGAUGGAGCGUGGCAGAAGAUCGCUCAGAGGACCCUGGAGAUUGGCAACCUCACGGUUCAACCACUAGCUGACUCCCUGACUGUAACGUCCACUCCGCGAGGUGAGGUAACUCUCCAGUUAGGCUCCCCUCUCACUCUGACCUGUGAGGUGUCUGGUUUGGCCCCUGGGGGCCGGUCGGGCCUGCUGGUCCAGUGGAUGAGGAGGGGCGCCGUGAGCAGCGAGGACAGGGCAUUGACGGGCGGAGGGGUGGAGGUGGAGGUGGCCAGGUACGGCCCAGAUGGGGUGGUGAGCUGGGGGGACGACUCCAGCCGGGGAGGUCGGGGUGGAGGGGGUUCCAUGGAGAAGGAGGUGGAGGGGCGGUACUCUCUCAGGUUGUUCUCUGCUCACCCAGCUGACUCGGGGGUGUACCGCUGUGCUGUGAGCGUCUACGCUGGGAGGCUUAACCCAGGGCCCUCCAGUGCUGCUACGAUCACACAGAGGUCAGAGGGGGUCACCGUCAACCUCAAGACCAAAGAGGUGAAGGUGUCAGCAGUAGCCAACCUUCCCCGCGGCCCCCUCCUGAAGAGAGGGGACACCAUCACCCUGCUCUGCAACAUAUCCGUGGUAACCACCGGCCCCGCACAGGUGGAGGUCCAAUGGCUGCAGAGGGCGGUCCUCCCGGCCCAGGAGGGUGGGGCUACAACAGGGGGCGUGGUCAUAGAGAAGGGUGGUGACCAGCCGUCAGUAGAGGAGAAGGGGAGGGUCUUAGCCUCACUUACCUAUGAGGGCCUGUCCAGGCUCUAUAAGAACAGCAGCUCUGAGGUCAGCAUGGACCGGGUGUCCCCAGGCACCUACAGGCUGAGGAUCUUUUCUGCCCAGGACCAGGGUCUGUUUGUCUGCCAGGCUGAGGUGUGGGGGCAAGACCCUCAUGGAGGAUGGUACAACACCGGGGCCAGGGCCCAGUCAGAGACGGUCAGGGUUUACCUGUACGCCAGAGCGGCCGACCUGCUACUCAUCCCCUUGGUUGUGGGCAUGUCCUCUGCCUUGUUUGUGGGCGUGGUCAUUAUCGCCACGGUAACCUGUUGCUUCAUGAAGCGAUUGGCCAGGCAGCGCUCCCCAAAAUAGGAAGAAGGAAGUCACGACAAGUUCACUGAAGGGUCAUCGACGAAGAGGCAAAGAAAGGCGGGAAAAAAAGAAAAUGAGUGGGAAGUUGGACUUUAAAAAGUUUGAAAGAAAGAAAUUGGAACUCUCAGACCUACAUGAUGUCCAUGUAGAGAUGUGAAGGCUUGUGUUGGAUACACCUGGGACUGGAGAUCACAGUAAAUACUCUAUGUGACAAAGAGUGUUUGUCUAAUCUGGGACAGUGACCAAGAGAAGAAUCUACCAGUACUGCUCCUUCAGGUCAUAUAGACGUUUGAUUGUUUCAUAUGGCACCAAACAAUUUCCAGUUGUUCAUAAUAUGUUGCAUCCAGCUUGUUUAUGUUAUAUAAACCCACAUAGAUACUGUAUUAACUAUUGUAAGACUUCCAUACCAACCCCAACCAAACUGUGCUGGCUCUUUUUCAGCAUUUUUCCGACAACUAUGUUGGAUGUGUAACUAGGCCAGCUCAGAACAGCUUGGUUUGGCUCAGUAGUGUGCAAAGCCCUUUAGGUGUUUGAUGUGUCAACACUGUCAGAAAUGGACAAUGCUCAGCUGUCCAGUGUUGAAAUAGGUCCAAUACAAAUAUUGACUUAGAAGAGACACUGAAUGAUUAGCCCUUUUUUUUGUUAUUUCUGUUCCUUGGCAACCACCCUCUCACAACAGGGUGGUUUAUAUAUUCAUACAACGUUAGCGUUAAAGUUGUUUCUGUUAUAUUGUGUAUGGUUCAUAUGGCAUGAUUGUUAAAUGAUAUAUCAGUGUUUCCCAACUCAGGUCCUUGUGUACUACCAUCAGACAAAAACACCUGUUUCAACUAGUCAAGGGCUUGAUGAUUAGUUGACAAGUAGAAUCAGGUGUGCUUGGCCUGGGACCACAACGAAAAUAUGUACUAUUGUGGGUAAUGAAGGACCGGAGUUGGGCAGCACUGUGAUAUAGGAUCUAAGAUUUAAUGCAAUGCAUGUUGAAGGAGCGUAGCACUUUCACUGCCACUAGUAACAGACCCUUUAGUCUAAAGAAAACCCAUCUCAGCAAUACCACCAGUGCUAGAGUUGGGCUGGUGUUUAUCGGUACAAAGUGAACACUAGUACUGUAUAGAAACCGUAGUACUGUCGAAUUAAAUUGAGUACCAGAAUAUUUUUUUUAUUCCACUUAAGGCACUGAAUACCUAGACAGCUAGAUGAGGACAGGGACCUUAAAGUACACUGCUUGUAUACAAUCAACACUGUAAAUUACUAGGCUACACUAGUAAACAAAGCUAUUGUUUGUAUGAGCCUGAUCCCAGAUCUGUUUGGCCAACUCCUAUUGUUUACCUAUGGUGCCAAACAUGGGCGUUGUCAGGAUGGGACAAACAGAUCUAGGAUCAGGUUAGGACACGGCCAGGGGAUAUUAUGAUGCUGAGAAGAACCAUAACGAAGCAGUCCAGACAGUCCGCUAAACCGAGUAAAAAAAUAAAUAAAAUGAAAGGUAUUUCUGUAUCUAUUUUAGAUAUUUAUGAAGAGAGAUAAUGUGCGAUAGUAAGCAUCCGUGCACUGAGCUGAAUUAUGUGUGUUGUCAUUGUAUACUCCAGAGAGAUUAGUUUUUCUUUUUACUUCUAAAAUGUAAGAUAAGAUGAGACCCUGCUUGAAAUGCUGUGCUUGUCCAUGAGCUGAGCGGAUGACUUUAACAUUCAACGGCUGUCUGUUUGUUCUUAAUGCACUUGGACCAAAACUAGUCUCGCUUGGCAGACUCAUACAGUGGCUGUGGGAAAGAGACCAAAACCAUUUCCCCUGGAACCAUUCAAACUUGUUGAAUAGUUACUGACUGUUGUUUCAGUGUGAAGUCGUGUUGCUGUUCUGUUCUGUUCUCUUAGUGUAGUCUUUUUAAACCGUUUAGGCUGUGGUUUGUGGUUGAUUCCUGAUUGAUCCAUUUUGUUUUAUCAUUCCUUUGCUAUUUGUGUUUUUUGGUGGUCAAAUAAAGAAUAUUUUUACGACGCAUCCAGUAAACGGGAA